CAUGGAAUCCGAACAUCGGAAUCACUUAUUCCUAUUCCAAAGCUUCACUUUCUUGUUCUCUCUAUAUAAAGAGUAAAGACCCUCUUUCAAGGGAAUGAGAAGAAGAAAAUCCAAAUCCAACAUGGAUGACAAGUUUACUAACGACAUCAUGGAAGAAUGGGAAAUGGAUGAUGACAUGGCAUUCGUAGAUGAUGGGCGGAAGAAAGCAGCAAUGGGUGGAAAGAGGGGUUCCGGUAGUGGUGGGCCCACACAACCGGUUUGCCACGUGGCAAAUUGCACAACCGAUAUGACAAGAUCCAAAGCAUAUCACCGGAGGCAUAAAGUAUGUGAGGUUCAUGCAAAGGCUCCAAUUGUUGUUAUCGGUGUACGUCAACAGCGAUUCUGUCAGCAAUGUAGCAGGUUUCAUGACCUAACGGAAUUUGAUGAUGCAAAAAAGAGUUGUCGCAGGCAAUUGGCUGGACAUAAUGAACGAAGGCGUAAAAGCUCCUACGAACCGUAUGGGGAAAGUUCCGAAUGAUAAAUAAAUAAAUAAUAAAUUUAAAAAAUAAAAAAUAAAAAAAAAAAAAAGCACUCCAAGGAAUCAUUAUAAAUCACCAAACCUCGUUUCAAAUAAGAUAAGAGUAAAUUACACGAAUAGUCCCUAUGGUUUAGGGUAAUUUGCGUGUUUGAUCCAUAACUUAUUUUUUUAACUCGGAAGGUUCCUCCUGUUUGUUUUUGUUACGCACUUGGUCCCUGUCUUACCUACAAAAAACUAUUUUGCUCUUGAUUUUUUAAUUUAUUUAAAUAAACAUACUUUCAACUCCAUCCUCAUCACCUUACCUUACCUACCGCAUCAUUUUUUCAUAUUUAAAUAAUAGUCUUUUUAGGUAAGACAGGGACCAAACGCGUAACGAAAACAAACAAUAAGGACCAAGCGCGUAACAAAAACAAACAGUAUGGACUUUCCGAGUUAAAAAAAUAAGUUUGGGACCAAACACGCAAAUUACCCCAAGUCAUAGGGACCAUUCAUGUAAUUUACUCAUAAGAUAAUAACUAUAUCGAGUAACAUGCUCUCCCUCUCUCCUCUGUCAGUCCUCUUUUUGGACUAUGUUAACUAAUUAGGGGUAUUUGUUUUUAUCGACUGGAGCUUUAUGUAUUUCGGCGUUGUAUAAAUUCACUGGAUUGUUAAUAAAGUAAACAUGGUUUACAUGUUUUUAUUA